UUAUAAAUUAACCUUACACAUUUAAUUUUCACAAAUUUGCUAAUUAAAUUAUUUAUUCUGUAAAAUAUAAUAAAUUAACUCAGUUGUGUAAUGUUAUGAUUAGAAUCCCAAAUGCUUCGCCUGUGAAUUUGUUUACUAAUUUUGAGACGAAUUGUACUUGCUAUUUUCAUCCAAAUGUGUUAAUUUACGCACUCAGAAAUCGCAUCGCAUACCUCGCCAGAAAUCAUAAAAUCUUCUACCCACCCAAAAUCCAUCAAAUUAACAAUUCAACACAUAAUAAUAAAGUUAAUGAAAAUUCUCUGUGUUCAUCGGAUGUUCCGGGGAAUUUGAGGAAUGAAGUGAAUCAAAUUUUAUACUCUCUCCUCAGCUGUAUUGAUUAUAUUAAUCCUCAAUCCACCUGCACUAUUCUACUCUCUCUCAUCAAACUCAGAUAUGAUUCUGAAUUGAUAAGGCCUUUGGUGAGGAAUUUUAAGUUUUCCGAGGCGAGUCCAAAGUCGAUUUCGCUCUUUUUUCUCUCUGUCUCGAAGUUAUUUAUUAACCCACAAAUACUCGGGACCAUACUUGAGCAUAUUAAUAACGCUAUAGAUAUUCCAUAUGGUAGGAGGGAUAUUAUAUGUAUCCUGUCCUCAAUUACCAGGGUCGUCACCCGGAAAGACUUACACCUUAAACGCUCUGAAACAGAUUUACUAACAAAGUUACACAGUAGACUAAUGACCAAAUUGUCAAAUGAGCUGGAAAAUUGUAAUAUAAACGAGCUAACAAUUGUGCUGGAGUCUAUGCACUCUAUGAACUACAGCUCUCAGCAUUAUCAAACGGUAAUAGAAUGUAUUGUGAAACACAACGCACUAAUUACUUUUGAUAAUGUUUAUCAAAUAUUCCAGAUCAUCAAUAGUGGGAAAAAGCUCACGAGUAACCCGGUAAAAAGGGAUAAACAUGGCGUGAAUAACAAACUACUGCUGUAUUACCUGGACAAACUAACAAUUAACGAAAUCGUCAAGAUUAUCAAUGACUUUAGAAUCUACACCACCGAUCAAUUCGUCCUCCAAUUCUCCAACCUCAUUAUCAACACAAUACACAAUCCUACUAGUAACACUGUAACUGGGGAUACAGUACCAGGGGACACUAUAACUAGUAACACUGUAACUGGGAACACUAUAACUAGUAACAAUGUAACAAGUGUAACACCUAUGAAUAAUUUGAAUGUGUUGGAGGUGUUGAAAUAUUAUAAUAGAAGAUAUGAGACGUCGGUGACGAGAGAAUAUUACGUGAUGAACCAGAUUAGGAGGGGAGUGAGUGUGGAGUGUGACAUUGCGGGCAUAAAUGAGGUGAGUAACUUGUGUGGGUAUAUUUACCAGUUACUACACAGUGACCAUGACAUUCAACGCUGUAUCAUCAAUAAACAACUAAUCCUAAACAAUUAUCAACAUUUCUUCCAGUAAUCUACAGCAGUUAAUGCAGAGUUUUGCUACCGCUGUAGGAGUAACAUGAACACUCACCACCAGACAGCAGUAGAUCUCACUAGGUCUAAGAACUAGAUCUCAGCAGUAGACAUCAGUAGUAGAUUACAGUCCAAGACCUCAGCACUGGACAGCCCUAGAUCACACCGCUAUACCUCACCCCGUUACGGAAGUUUCAUAAAUUUUAACGUAUAAAUCCAUAAUAUUCUCUAAAUUAACUAUACAACAGUAUAAUUUAUUACGUGCUUUAGAUUGGUUUGUCAAGUCAUCUCGGAACUUUAUAAAGUCAUUAUAUUCAUCCUAAAAUAUUAUUACGUGUGUAAG